AUGAAGAAUCUACUCCUGGUUUUGACUAUUACUCUGCUCCUGGCUCAGGUCACUUCAGGCAUGAAAUGUUGGAAAAGGUUGGGAAAUUGUAGAACAAUGUGUCAAAAGAAUGAAGUAUUUCACAUAUUAUGCAAUAAUUUGGCUAAGUGCUGUGUAAAGCCUAAGAAUAUACCUGUCAAAUUUACAUCUUCAAACACAUCCAUUCAGUCAACAAGGUCUGUGGUUCUACUCUCAAACUACAUCUUAAGAUCAUCCAUUUCUUUCUAUAUAGUUCCUAUUAUUCUCAUUUCACUCUGA